UCCUUCUCAAUCAGCACGCAAGUAUGGCUACUUCUUCGGUCAGGGUUUUCUCUUGCAUCCUGCAACAUCAACACAGCUCCAUUUCCACCAGCAGUGCAUUGCAACAUUGCCUGCCUUGGCCUUUCCAACUUGGAAGCUAUAUUACGGUUUUGGUUUUCAUUUCCUCUACUACAAGCAUUCUUCAUCACUAAAUACCAGUUGCCUACCAUGAGUGCUUUCAAAGGGCAUCUUGAUACCUGGAGCAGGAAGAUGUUGAGACGGGCCGGCGAACCGCAUUUAAACGGCGUCCUCAGAACGAAUGGCUUACUUACUCCAGAAGAACUCGGUCAAAGGAACCCUCAGCCUAACGAUCAGGUUAAUCACCAGCCCACUGCUCACUCCAACGUUCCGUCCAACGCUCAAUCUAAUGCUCAAUCCAAUGAUCAGUCCACCGUUCACUCCAACUUUCAGUUCAAUGCUCAGUCCAACAACCAGUCCAACGAUGAAACGGAAAGCAACAUCUCGCCCAUGAAUACCACACGCGAUGCUCCCACUCAACCUCAAGAUCACAUUCAACCACAUGUGGCUCACGUCGAAGAUUCGUGCGAUGGCUCUUGCAAUUGCCGUGGAUGCGACAAGCGGGCUGAGCGGAAUGCCAAACGCUCUGAAAACAACGAACACGCCGUGGCCGAUGGUAAUGCUGCUGGAAACAUCUCGGAUGGUACGAGUAGAAGUAAUAGACCAGUGGAAGUCAGCCAAGGAGUUGAAAAUACCGCGCCUGCUGCGAACAACGAGAAUCAGAACGGCAACAAACAAUCUACAACCAACGAUGAUGUUGAGAUUUCUCGUGAUGCUCGACAUAGUCGAACUCACCGCCUCAAAGAGAGAGUUCAGAACCGACUUUCAAUAGUGGGCUCUGCGAUGAAAAUACAUGGUCCUUCUCGACGUUCGGACAAGAAUCAGUCAGAGGAUGGACGUGCUCCAAAUAGCUUACCGACCAACUCUGAUGAUCUUCAAUCCCGUCCUGUGGUCUCUGUCCAGACACGAACCUCUGACGCUGGGCAGAGUAACCACAGCCAACCUCCUAGGCUAUCCUUGAUUGAUGCUUUGGCGAGUACUCCUCCGGAAUCCGCUACCAACAAUCCUCUCACAACUCACGAGCCAAGUGAGGCAAUAUCUCGACGUGCUACAGCCGGGUCAGUGAUCAGUAAUGCUUCAAGUGAGCACCAACGUGUCCUGCCUUGGGAUGCUGGUAAUCCGGAGACUCGUAUCACCCCUUAUGCAUCAGGCCAAAGAGCUUCAAAUCUGGUUCAUGCGGGCAAUGCUCCAAAUCCAGACUACGAUGACAAAAAGACCACCCAUAGUCGACCAUCUAGCUAUAUUGCUAGUCCCGAUACGGACAAUAUGGCUCCCGCUGCCUCACAACCUUCGAGCAUCACAACCAACUCUGAAAAUGCAAAUGCAGCUGUUACUCAGCCCGCCCCUGUCUCAAGGGUCACCAACGGAACCAGCAAUGCUGCUCAAUCAUCGACACCAAAUCCUGAUGGCAUGCCAGCCCAGCCUGAAAAACAUAUUGUCUUCGAAAUCCGAGAGACAAGUAGACCGGGUGCCACCAAUGGCCCAACGAAUUCAGCCAGAGGACCGCAACCUGUUCCAAUCUCUCAGCAAAUUCGUGCUCUAGGACCACUGAGUGGCUGGGCAGAUGUUGCUAAAAGACCUGUCAGCAACACUACUACGAUGGGAAGCCAAACCAAGCAAGAUGCAAGCCCUGAACGCAACAGCUUCCGUUGACGUGCUUCUAAUGAGGUCAAAGAUAUCACUAGUUCGCAAAGAUAUCCCUAACUAGCGCGUUCGUUGCUUGAACCUGCCCUCGAGGGUGUACCUUAGCG